AACAAUCUAUUGAUCAAGAAAUAAUAGAAGAUUCAUCAGAUAAAGAAGAUGAUGAAUUGUUAGUAAACCUUGAUAAUGAUGAUUUUGAGCCUAAAAAUCUUCAAAGAGCAAUAUUAGAUAAUGCUUUAAAUUCUAUUAAAAGUGUAAAUAAACUGGAAUAUAUAGUAGAGUAG